AAUAUACCCGCCAUUAAAAAUACAAUUUAAUUAAAUAUAGAUUACCAAAUAUUAAAAAAACCAAUGUUUUUGUGACGCGAGUUAUAGAAGAAAAAAUAAUUGGCGAUUUUGUCUUACUCUAAUCAAGGAAUAAUUAUAAAAUACAGAAAAUAAAAUUACUGUCUAAAAUCGCUUAUUAUUUUUUCUUCCAAAGUCGGUUGUAGGGUGGUAGAACGGCGAGAUUCGAAGUUUGAAAAUCUAAAAUGGCCGACCAAGACGCGGUGAAAGUGGCGGCCUCUAGCGGCGUGCAAGUGCAGGACGCUAGCGGUGUACAAGUGCAGGACGCUUCAGCUGAAGUGGUGAAAGUGGAAAAUGCUGACUUAGUCAAGGUGGCAGAGUCUUCUGGAGUCACUGAUGCAGUGAAAGUGGCAGAGUCUUCGGGAGUAGCAGUGGCAGUCGCGGCUGUCCCUGAACCGGUGGCUGAUGAUGACCACACUGUGAAGGUGGCACAGUAUACCGAGGGCGGCGAAACGCUGUUGCCUCCUACGAGCCUGCAGCGGCCGGUGUCGGUGGCCGGCGGCAUGGAGCACUCUCUACAGCACCGGGAGCGAGUCGGAGUGCAGGACUUCGUGUUGUUGGAGGACUACACGAGUGAAACCGCGUUCAUUGAUAAUCUGAGGAAGCGGUUCAGCGAGAAUAUUAUUUAUACGUACAUCGGCAACGUGCUGAUCUCGGUGAACCCGUACAAGGCGCUCCCGAUCUACUCGCCCGAGAAGACGCAGCUCUACUUCAAGAAGGCCUUCUUUGAGGCGCCUCCGCAUGUGUUCGCCAUCGCGGACAACGCUUACCGCUCACUGGUCUACGAGCACCGCGAGCAAUGCAUCCUGAUAUCCGGCGAAUCCGGUUCCGGCAAGACGGAAGCCUCCAAAAAAGUCCUCGAGUACAUCGCGGCCAGGACCAACCACCUCCACAACGUGGAGACCGUCAAAGACAAGCUCCUCCAAAGCAACCCUCUGCUAGAAGCGUUCGGAAACGCCAAGACAAACAAGAACGACAACUCCAGUCGGUUCGGAAAGUACAUGGACAUUCAGUUCAACUACGAAGGCGCUCCUGAAGGAGGCCACAUAUUGAACUAUUUGCUGGAGAAAUCUAGAGUCGUCAGUCAGAUGCCAGGGGAGAGGAACUUCCACAUCUUCUACCAGCUGUUGGCGGGGGGCGAUGAGGAAACGCUGAAGAGCCUCAGGCUGCAGAAUAGGCCCGAGACCUACAAGUAUACUACGGAUUCGAACACGCACGUGACGCGGGCAUCAGACGCGGAGCAGUUCCGCCUCGUCCAAGACGCCAUGAAGGUGGUGGAGAUCCAGGAGGCGGAGCAGCGCGAGCUGAUGCAGCUCGUGGCCAGCGUGCUGCACGCCGGGAACAUACGGUUCCUCAGCAACGACAAGGGGAGAGCGGAGAUACUGACGCAUGACGCGCAUUGCGAGAAUGUCGCUGAGCUGCUAAAAGUGGACACCUCCAAGCUGCGCGCGGCACUCACCUGGCGCACCAUCGAGGCGCGCGGCGACGUGGUCAGCACCCCACUAGACCUAGAACAAGCACACUUCGCCAGAGACGCCCUGGCCAAGGCCAUCUACGACCGCCUGUUCAGCUGGCUGGUGUCCAGGCUGAAUGCUAGUUUAGCGCCAAAGACAAGGAGCGCCAAGGAUUCGGUGAUUGGGAUCCUGGAUAUUUACGGAUUUGAGGUGUUCCCGAAGAAUAGCUUCGAACAGUUCUGCAUCAACUUCUGCAACGAGAAGCUGCAGCAGCUGUUCAUCCAGCUGACCCUGCGCCAGGAGCAGGAGGAGUACCUGCGCGAGGGCAUCGCCUGGGAGCCCAUUGAGUACUUCAACAACAUCGUUAUUUGUGACCUCAUUGAGGCCAGGCAUCAAGGUAUAAUCUCGAUCCUCGACGACGAGUGCCUGCGUCCCGGCGACGCGACUGACGCCAGCUUCCUGGAAAAGCUGUCGAGCCAGCUGGACGGACACCCGCACUUCAAGAGCCAUCGCCGUGUGGACCCCAAGAGGCAGAAGGUCAUGGGGCGCGAUGAGUUCUGUCUGGCGCACUACGCCGGCGAGGUCACCUACUGCGUGAGCACGUUCCUGGAGAAGAACAACGACCUGCUGUUCCGCGACCUGCAGAACCUCAUGGCCACCAGCUCCAACACCAUCGUCGGGAAGUGCUUCCAGGUCCAAACCCAGAACAAGAAGCGUCCGGAGACGGCGAUCACUCAGUUCAAGAACUCGCUCAACGACCUCAUCAAGAUCCUCAGCAGCAAGGAGCCCUCCUACAUCCGCUGCAUCAAGCCGAAUCACUUCAAGAUGCCCAUGCAAUUCGACGACAAGCUCAUCUCCCACCAAGUGAAGUACCUCGGUCUGAUGGAGAACCUGCGGGUUCGCCGCGCCGGGUUCGCGUACCGACGCACGUAUGAGGCCUUCCUCGAGCGGUACAAGUGUCUGUGCGCGGACACGUGGCCUAACUACCAGGGGAGUGCGAGGGAUGGGGUGCAGAAACUGGUGGAUGAGCUGAAGUAUGAGAAGGAAGAGUACAGGAUGGGCAACACAAAGAUCUUCGUGCGCUUCCCCAAAACGCUCUUCGAGACGGAAGACGCUUUCCAAGAGAAGAAGAACUACGUGGCCACCAUCAUCCAGGCGAGGUGGCGCGGCUACCGGCAGCGCAAGCAGUACCUGAAGAUGAGGCAUGCGGCCAUUGUUAUACAGAAGUGGGUGAGGCGGUUCCUGGCACAGAAGCUGAAGGAAAGGAGGAAGAAGGCUGCGGAAGUCAUCAGGGCGUUUAUUAAAGGUUUCAUCACCCGCAACGGCCCCGAAACCCCCGAGAACCGGCGUUUCCUCGGCAUCGCCAAGGUGCACUGGCUCAAGCGUCUCUCCAAGCAACUGCCCACUAAGGUCCUGGACCUGACCUGGCCGGUGUGCCCCGCGACCUGCCAGGAGGCUUCCAAGGAGUUGCAGCGGCUGCACCGAGCGCACUUGGCCAGGAAGUACAGGCAGGCUCUGUCGGCUGAUGACAAGAAGCAGUUUGGGCUGAAGGUCCUGGCUGAGAGUAUUUUCCAGGGCAAGAAGAAAUCCUACCGCUCGAGCAUCCCGGAGCGGUUCCGCGACGACCGGCUGUCGGACGAGCACCAGACGCUGCGCAACUCCUUCAUGGCCUCGCCCUCCUGGCCCACCGGCGAACAACUCAUUUACUCCUCAGAAGCCAUCAAGUACGACCGGCGCGGCUACAAGCCCCGCGAGCGCGCCCUCGUGGCCUCAGACAAGGCCCUCUAUGUCCUCGACGCCACUGGCAGGAAGACCUACAAGCUGAAGCAUCGCCUGCCGCUUGAGAAGCUCAGGGUCGUGGUGACGAAUGAGUCCGAUAGUCUGAUACUGGUGAAGAUACCGCCGGAGUUGAAGAAGGAUAAGGGUGACCUGAUCAUCUCCGUGUCGCACCUGGUGGAGGCGCUCACCAUCGUCACGGACUACACCAAGAAGCCCUCCAUCAUCGAGAUCGUCGACACCAGGACCAUCGCGCACGACCUGGUGAACGGCAAGCAGGGCGGCACCAUCGAGGUGACGCAGGGCGCGCAGCCCGCCAUCCAGCGCGCCAAGAGCGGGAACCUGCUCGUCGUCGCUUCGCCAUGAUGUCUUAGUAUUUGAACCAAAAAAUCAUAACCUGUUUUCACACAAGUAUAAUACUAAUAGAAAUUUUCAAUCAUAUUUCAAAGUUAAUUAAAUAUAGAUUGAUAUGCAUGAGACGAGAUUUUGUAUAGGUACUGAAUGUAUUUUUAUUAUUAUUUACUUACAUUUUCUUGAAUUGAUUUUAUAGAUUUUUAAUGGAAUUUUAUAUGUAUCACGUUAAUUUAUUUUUUAUACUUACGUUUAUAUUUGUUCAAAUUAGUGAGAAAUUAGUUUAUAAGGUUUUAUGAAAUCGUACAAAGUACCUACUUAGGUUGUUUUGUAUGCCAUGGUUUUUAUUCUGUAAGUGUCAUUUAGAUAAAAUUUCAACCCUGAUUUUAACCAAAAAAUCCCGUACUUACAUACAUACGUAUUUUGAAAAUUAUAAGUUUUUUAUUAGAAUUGAGUCACGACGAAAGUACAUAAUUUAAGCUGAAUCAAAGGUGCCUUGAUUAAAUUGUAAGAUGAAAAUCACGUAGGUAAGUUAUAAAGGCGAUAUUAAUUGGCCAUAAUUAUUAUAAACAGGUAUUUGUGCCUUAUCUACAAGUAUUGUAAUCACCGGUAGCCUUUCAGUCGCAGUAAUUUUAUACAAAUAAACUAUUUCAAUGGA